AUGAGGUUUAAUCAAAGUACGAGCAUAGACUGUGGAAAUUUGAUUCUGGUUCCCUAUUUAGAGCGCCAUGUGUUGAAAUACCACGAAUGGAUGAAAAGUCCAGAAUUACGAGAAUUGACGUGUUCUGAGUCUUUAACAGUGAAAGAAGAAUUUCAAAUGCAAAAGUCUUGGUUGGAAGAUGAAGACAAACUCACAUUUAUUGUGGUUUACAAGCAUGGAGUAGAAAACAAGAAACCUCAAGUUCUUCAUGAAAUUGCAUCCCAUCACAUUGAUGAGAUGAUCGGAGACGUAAAUAUGUUUCUAACAGAAGGUUAUGAAGAUGUGGAAGAAGACCAGAAUCAAAUUUGCAGCACUUAUAUCCAGGCUGAAUUGGAACUUAUGAUUGCAAAACCAGAAUUUCGGUCUAAAGGUUUGGGGACAACGAUUAUAGAAGCCUUUUUGUAUUAUAUAGAACAGAGUGGAUUGCUUGAGAGCACGCAUAUCGCAAAGUACAUCAUCAGAGUUGGCAGCAAAAACUUGCCAAGCUUGCGCCUUUUCAAGAAAGAAGGAUUUCAACAAACAAAGUACGUGGCUUGUUUUGAUCAGGUGGAGAUGGAAAAGUCUAUACGUUGA